UAUGCUGUCCAAGUCUGCCGUCCAAAAUCACGGGUUGAGGCCGGGCAGCUUUUUAUGGCCGCAAUGCCGGAGCACAUUUCAACGCCAUUUCGAGUGUCAAGAGAGGAAGAACCGUCGCCUGCCAAUCAGGUGUCGUACCAACAGGCCGGAACCGACAUCACCUCUCGCGUUGAAAAGGAAGUGAUGUCCGAUGCCCAACGUCGACGGCUGUUGGUUUGAAAUCGCUCAUCCUAGCUUCACCAUGGCCAUGCCGCAGCAUACAUCCAACCAGGGACACGGUGCUCUCACGGCGAGACUUGUCGCGGCCGUCAUAGAAGAGAUGUUUGCCUGCCUCUCGCAGUGGCAGAUGCUCGCCGUCGCCAAAGAUGAAGAAAUCCACGCCCUAAGGGCCCAGCUCGACGGCAUCAAAAGCACGAACGAGCAGCAGAGCCAGACUCUCAAUCAUCAGACGGUAUACAUACGAAGCUUGGAGUACGAACUAGCGCGGUCGCGCGUGGCGCCGCGACCGUCGUCGGCGGCCAGCUUUGACUCGUACUUGCUGCUGGCCUCGGACCCGCUCGGCUCCGUCGACGAGCCCCGCUCGCUUUCGCCGGGGCAGCCAUUUGAACAUGGGUCCCAUUGCGGUAAUCUUCAGCACUCCGAAGGAGCGACGACUGUGCCGUGCCCUCUGGAAGGUCUCGAGCCGAUCCCGUUGGAGGGCCUUGCUCCGCUCUUGGCGCUAGCAGAAACUGCGGCAAGCAGCGCGUCUGUCAGCCAAACAGCGGCAGGGAUCAGCACAGCGCCAGAAGGUGCUGACGCCACCCGAAAGCGGAAGGCAGUUGACGUCGACGUCGACGGAGUCGCGAAAAAAGCUCGGUCGCCGUAACAGCCAUAUCAGAACAUGGCCAGUGAGUUCUGGCGCAGGAGUUGCAUGCGCA